AAGAGCUCAUUAUCCAAACAGCAUAAUCCCGGCUUCAACAAAAGUCAGUAUAUUUCGCGAAGAAACAUCCUUAAAAACUAUACUAAAAUACCCAUUGUCUUGUAAUUCAAGUAGGAAACUUUUAUAAAAAUUAUACAUCUUCCAUAAUUAAAAAAAAAUCAUGACUAAAGGUAAAAAGAAGAUAGAAAAGGAUAUGGAACCUCGGAAGGAUGACCAAGUUCUCUAUACCGAUGAGGUACCGAGUUUGACCAAGAAAGGAAACCUGUAUCUACCGAACAAGAAAGGCUCGCCCCUCGAUACACUGGGCUUAGAUCUUUUGAUGGGGAAUGUGAUGAACAGAGGACAAUACUGUAAGGUGAUACAUGUUUACAGUAAGAAGCGGAACUGUGAUUUUGCUCUGAAGAUCUUCUGCAAGUUGUCGGCUCCUGACAUCGUGAAGAAAAAGUUCUUCCCGCAGGAGAUUCUCAUCAUGAAGAAACUAAGCCAUGAUCACGUGUUGGGAUUGGUCGAGGUACUUCUCACCAACCGUAAUGGAUACCUCUUGAUGGACUUCAUGCCUAAUGGAAGUCUUCGUUCAUACAUUAACAAACAAGACCAUGGUCAUCUAUCGGAACCCGAAGCUCGAUUUCUGUUUCAUCAGCUCCAGUCGGCCAUCGCCUAUCUUCAUUCCAUGGACAUCGUCCACCGGGAUGUCAAGUGCAGUGUCCUACUCUUGGACAAAGAUUAUCGGCUGAAGUUAAGCGAAUUUCAGUUUGCAACAAACUGCGCAGACGGUGAGAAGCUAACGGAAGCUUGUGGGUCGAUGGGAUAUGUAGCCCCUGAGAUACUUGAAGGUGAUCCAUAUGAAGGAAAACCUGUUGACCUAUGGAGUAUGGGUGUGACGUUGUUUGCUAUGCUGUGUGGUCGACUACCUUACCACGAGGACUGUCUAGAUAUCCUACUCGAUUCCAUCUAUAAUCCUCAAGAGAAACUCUGCUUUCCAAACUCUGUCUCAAAAGACUGUCGUGCCUUCGUGCACGCAUUGCUGGUUCCCCAGCCUCAAAAGAGAGCCAAGUUCAGCGACCUUGCUAAAAUGGAGUGGCUAGUUCACCCCACCAUCACAGCACAUUCACUUUUAACGUCAGCUCCUACUAUGACGUCACAAUAUAAGAGUGGAGGAGCGGACGACGGCUGUGUGCCUGCUUCGUCGGGUGCUUCGCUCGAUGCGAUGCUGCAAUCUUGCAGUAAGAAAGGCAAGCAAUCAGUAUCGUUCGAUACCAAUGUCGAGCAUGGAUUUUCCGAAUCUCAGAAAGAGGCGGGAAAGAAAGAAGACGGGAAUGCCGUCGUUACGGACGUAUUGAAAGCAGUUGCUAUCAGACAUGCAACGGGAGAGAGUCCAAUGAGCGUCCACAAAAAUCUGGACACGCCCAUUGGUCACGGUCCUCAUCAUUUUGCACCCGACACUAUAGGCCUGAAGGGACCAGCUGCGCGUCGGAUCAGUGCGCAGCUUAGUCAAACGAAUGUGAAUUUGAAUCAAUCACAUCAACACCAUCACAACGCUCAUCCGACGUCGGCGUUGAAGGCCAGCGUCACCAGAGUCGGCCAUCACGGCGGCGGCCAUCACGGCCUAGGCCCGCGUAAGGCGAACUGGCAGGCUGAGGGCGGUGCUGCCAACGUUGCGGUAUCGCGGAAAAACAGUCUUCUAAUGCAGACGGCGAAUUCAUGUGGGGUGUCCAAUCUAGGACGCGGUUCAAUCGCUCUCCACUGCGGUAAAAUACAACCGGGCGGUUCAACGAUUAAUCUGUCAUCAGUCGAUUUGAGUUCGUAUAACGCCCGUUGCCAGGAGAAAGAUCGUGAGCAUGAGCUACACGAUCUCCAAUAUUCGACGGGGUCAAAGAUCGCCCAUCUAGCAGGCGCGAAGCACCACCGAGCGGCCGAAACCACCCGAAUAAACUCGAUCUUCACCGAGGACAUGAAGGCCCAGCAGGAGCCGAAUGCUUUGAAACCCGAAGAGCAAGAAAUGCUCGAUUCUUUCCGAUCGCAAUGUGAUACUAUGAAACAUCUCGUUGCAUAACGUCGAGAUUACUACUAAAUGAAUUAACAAACUCUGCAAAUAAAUGAAACAACUGUACUGAUGUUAGGCCUACUUGUUCACCUUUAAAAAAAAAAACAUGUACAAAUAUUGCUCAUGUACAAUGGCAUAAUAGUUGUAAGUCAUGAACAGUAACAGUCAUACUCUAACUCUAAAUUAUA